UAAAGCUAUAGGGAUGUUAACGUAGGGUAAAAUAACCCAGCCCAGCCCAACCCACAAAUAACCCAACCCAGUUUAUACCCAACCUGCAAAAACCCAGAAACAUCAGAGUUGAAAUCCAAACCCAGAAAAUAAACCCAAUAUGGUAUAGGUUUACCCGUGGGUACCCAAAGUAUUAUCUUAUUUAUUCUGAAGUUUAGCAGUUUUGGCAGGAAACCUCGCUUUUGCGGUUUUGGCGGAAAAACUCGUUUUUGAUUUUGAUGAAAAAACUCGUUUUUACGGUUUUGGGAAAAAAACUCGGUUUUCGGCUUUGACGGAAAAACUCGAUUUUUCGAUUUUGGCGGGAAAACUCGAUUUUUCGAUUUUGGCGGGAAAACUCGGUUUUGCGGUUUUGGGGGAAAAACUCGGUAUCUCGUCUUUGGCGGGAAAACUCAAUUUUCGGUUUUGGCGGAAAAACUCAGUUUUACGGUUUUGGCGGGAAAACUCAUUUUUUGCGGUUUUGGCGGAAAAACUCAUUUGCGGUUUUGGCGGGAAAACUCAUUUUUGCGGUUUUGGCGGGAAAACUCGGUUCUUGCGGUUUUGGCGGGAAAAUUGAGUUUUACGGCAUUGGCGGGAAAACACUUUUUGCGGUUUUGGCGGAAAAACUCGAUUUUGGGGCUUUCAGUCGGAAAACUCGAUUUUACGGUUUUAGCGGGAAAACUCAGUUUUGCAGUUUUGGUGAGAAAACUCAGUUUUGCGGUUUUGGCGGGAAACUUAGUUUUAUGGUUUUGGCGGAAAAACAAGUUUUGUGGUUUCGGUAGAAAAACUCGAUUUUUCGGUUUCGGUGGGAAAACUCGUUUUUGGUUUCUGUGAGAAAUAGUAGUUUUAGGGUUUUUGCGGAAAAAAAUCAUUUUUUGGUUCUGACGGAAAAAAACGUUUUUGCAAUUUUUAUAUAAUUUAAUUAAAAUGGUAAAAAUCUAUAUAUAUAAUUGAAAACCCAUGGGUACACCAUUACCCUUUUGUAUUUACCCAACAUAAAUAUGAGUUUUAAAAUUAAUACCCAUGGUUGACCCAAUUAAUCUUAGAUGGGUAAAAACCCAGCCCAUUAUUAGUGGGUUUGGGUAAACCCAUGGGUAACUACCCAUGUUAACAUCCCUAUCUAGAAUAUUAGAUUACUAGUCAGAUAAAUCCCAGCCACAAUAUUACUAGGCUAUUAAUGAUGGCCGGAAGUGAAAUACAAGUUUCAGAACUGAUAUUGUUUGCUCUGGUCAAAUUCCAGUCUAAAUAUGGGUUUGAAGUUUAGUUGGAUGAUUAAUCAAGUGGAGGUGAUGUCACGAGACUCACGACCAUCAUAGAUGUGUUCUCCAGGCAUGUCCCUUAUUGUUCAAAGGAUUUAGCUUAAGGAAAAGAGAGAACAAGCGCACUUGUACCUGCAAGGCUGCAAUUAAGAAAUAGGCAAAUGAGGUGCUUCACUUGGUGCAAGACUUAAAAUAUGUAGCUUUUUCAUUGUGGUCAGCUAUACAAAACCUCAAACAGAGGCGGUCCAAGCUAUUAGCAGAAUGCAAAAAGACAAAGGAUUGUGUUAAACAUGCGACGACAGAACCCGAGAUUCUUGCGAGGCAUAGUUGGAAACACAAGGGACAUGAUAGAACCUCGCUGCUCUUCUUCAUCGCUUCUCUUCUCUGUUCAGAUAUAGUGUUUGCUUUCUCGAUUUCUCUAGCUUAAUCAUUCGACAGAUCCGAAUCGCUCACAUUUUUCUUCUUCUUGUCCCCGUGUGGCCACCGCGUCCUGUAAUCAUAUAGCAGGAGGAGCAUCUGCUCUGAAUUCACUUAGAUGGCUCAGAUCCAGUAGCUUGAUCAAUGUGAUCUGCAAUUCGUCCUUGAUAAGUAUGUUAAUCCUUCUUCCUUCUUUGUUCACUCUGUUGUUUCUGGGAUCAAACCACAAGUCAAGUUGUCUAGCCUUAGCACAGAGAAUUCAUUCAAGGUAUAUAAAUAAAUCGAUAACUUAAAAAAGAAUCCAUAGAAGAAGCAAAGAAUUGAGAACGUGACAUGCUCAGUAAAGUUAGUUAACGUCCUGGUUUUUGGUCGAAAGUUCAGUGAAGAAAAAUAAAAGCUUUUCUGAUCAGUUUUUCAAAUACCAUCUCAAGAGAUGAAAUUUAUCUCCAUGAAAUUUUAACUACAAAUAAUUUUCAGAUAAUUCCAAAUAACUUCUCAGAUAUUUUAUUUGAUGAAAUCCUUUUUUUCCAAUAAGAGGUGAUUUGAUAGAAUUUGUAUAAAUGAUAAAAUCAAUAAGCAAGGAUUUAAGAUAAUUUUUAUAAAUCACAUAUCCAAUAAGCUGAGAUUUGAAAAAAAAAUGAAAUCUCACCAAUUUUCAUUCCAAUAAGCCCCCUUUGACAAUUCAGUCAUUAAAAGUACGUAAAACACAAGUACGUAAAAGACAAGUACGUAAAGUUUGCAUGAGAUGUGCAUGCAAUCAUGAAGAUCGAAAAUAAUGGGGCUUUACACGGGCUCACUAGAUUUGGGCUUAGUUUUGGGCUAGUAAACCGAUAAAUAACAUGAGAACAUUUUAAUAAUUCGAGAGAGAAACUCGGAGAGUGGAGGUACUGAAAGUGGAAGGCAUAGAGGGGGUAAUGGGGGAUAACUGCUUCUAACCGUUACUACAAAAGCGAAAUAAACUCCCUUUAACAUUUUUGUGUAACUGAGAGAAGUAUCUAUCUAUCCAUUACUACAGAUGAAGAAAAUGGAAGCGACGAAGAAGGAAGAUAUCAAGAAAGGUCCAUGGAAAGCCGAAGAAGACGAAGUGCUCAUCAACCACGUCAAGCGUUACGGUCCUCGUGACUGGAGCUCCAUUCGAUCCAAAGGCCUUCUUCAACGCACCGGAAAGUCAUGCCGUCUCCGUUGGGUCAAUAAACUCCGUCCCAAUCUCAAAAAUGGCUGCAAGUUCUCUGCGGAUGAAGAGAAGACGGUGAUUGAUUUGCAGUCGCAGUUUGGUAACAAAUGGGCGAGGAUCGCCACGUAUCUACCGGGAAGAACUGAUAACGAUGUGAAGAACUUCUGGAGCAGCAGGCUAAAGAGGCUCGCUAGGAUUCUCCAUAACUCCUCGGAUGCAUCGAGUUCUAGUUGCUUCGAUCCAAAACCUAACAAGGGCAAAAACGUCAAACCAAUCCAGUCUCAGAGUUUUGGUCUUGUUGAAGAAGAGACUAGAGCUUCUUCUGCUACCACUUCCAAGAUUCUUCCUUACUCAUCACCAUUAUCAGACCAAGUUGAUGAUGAAGCCUUGAUCAGGUCGCCGGAACUGGGUAUUAAGUUAGAGAAUCAUCAGCCUUUUACCUUUGGGACUGAUCUCGACGACCCUUUUUUCUACGAUAUACUUGGACCGGCUGAUUCUUCUGAGCCCUUGUUCGGCCUUCCUCAGCCGUUUUUUGAGCCCUCUCCGGCUCCGAGAAGGUUCAGACAUGUUUCGAAAGAUGACGAAGAGUCUGAUGUUUUCUUACACGAUUUCCCUGCUGACAUGUUUGAUCAAGUUGAUGAUCAAACUAGGAGUCCUUAGAUUGUGUGCUUCAAGGUUUUUAUUGUGGUUGGUUCUUGUUUUCUAUUAGACUGUUUCCUUUUGUGUGUUUAGGUCUAAUCUGACUAAGACUUUAACUAGCUUUGUUUGUUCAGCAAGCAACAAUCUAACUACAUUAUUAUGUAAUGACAACUCUUGUUUGUCUGUUUAA